UAUGACUAGAGACUUGGAAUUUUCAACAUCUAAUUGCCCGCAGGCUUUAUGUUAAAAUACCGAAGCAACACAAAUUUCCAGAUUAGUAUCUUUAACGUGCAGCGCAAGUCCAUCCUUCCUAUUCUCCAUAAAACAUAAUCAUAUUGGUUCCUUGAUUUGCAGGCCAAAGAGAGAGGAACAACGAAGAUCAUGUGUUAUUCAAAUCGACUUUUGUUGCUCGGCAUCGUUCUCUUACAUUUUGUUACUCCCACGGCUCAGCAGUACUGUUAUCAAACUGGUAACUACACCAGCAACAGUACCUACAGGGCAAACCUCGUUGGCCUCCUUACCUCCAUGUCUUCUAACACGAAGAUCGAUUAUGGAUUUUAUAAUUUCACCGCCGGAGAAAAUGCCGACAAAGUGAACGCGAUUGCACUUUGUAGAGGAGACGUUACGCCGGAUGAGUGUCGUAGUUGUAUCAAUUCGACAAGUCAAGAACUCUUACAGUCUUGUCCCAACCAGAAGGAGGCAAUCCAAUGGUACGAUAAAUGUUCUGUACGAUACUCAAACAGAUCUAUAUUUGGCGUUAUGGAAGAGCAGCCUAUGUUUGCUUUUUAUAACACACAAAACGCAUCCGACGUAGAAGGGUUCAACAACGUGCUAAGACCCCUGCUAGAUAGGCUAAGAAAAAGCGCCGCAUUUGGAAAUUCUACUCGCAAGUUCGCUCUGGGAAGCGAGAAAGCCCCAGACUUCCAAACAAUCUAUGCACUUUUGGAGUGUACUCCUGAUUUGGCCUCGAUUGACUGCAACAACUGCCUAGAGCGGUUGGCUGGAUAUACGUCAUCUUGUUGUAAUGGCCGAAAGGUAGGAGGAAAAUUUGUAACACCCAGUUGUGAUUUAAGGUAUGAGAUAUACAGUUUCUAUGACCCUGCAGCUGAGUCACCACCUCCGUCGCCUCCGCCAACGCCUAUAGCGCAGCCAGUUCCCCCCCCACCACUACAACUGCUUCCACCCACACAAGGGAAGGAAAGUAACUCAUCAAGAACUACAAUUGCUAUAGUGGUGUCGGUUGUUGUUUCUGCUGUACUAAUCUUCUGCAUGUCAUGUUUCUACCUCUUCUAUUUAAGAGUGAAGAAGCCAAGGCAAAAACUUGAAAGCGUGGAUGAAAUUAGUAGUGCCGAUCCCUUGCAAUUUGACAUCGGGACAAUUAAAGUUGCUACGGACAACUUUUCUGCUGCAAACGAGCUUGGAAAAGGUGGAUUUGGUAUUGUUUACAAGGGUGAGCUUCCAAAUGGACAAGAAAUAGCUGUGAAGAGGUUGUCCAAGGCUUCUCAACAAGGAGAUCUAGAAUUUAAGAAUGAGGUCGAGUUAGUGGCAACGCUUCAACACAGGAAUUUGGUAAGGCUCCUAGGAUUCUGUUUGGAAGGAAAGGAAAGACUUCUAGUCUAUGAGUUUGUACCUAAUGCAAGCCUCGAAAAGUUCAUAUUUGAUCCAAACAAGAGUGAACUAAUGAAUUGGGAAAUGCGUAACAAAAUUAUAGAAGGCAUAGCUCGAGGACUUCUUUACCUUCACGAAGAUUCGCGACUUCGUAUAAUUCAUCGUGAUCUCAAGGCUAGCAACAUUUUGUUAGAUGCAGAUAUGAAUCCAAAGAUUUCAGAUUUCGGCACGGCAAGAUUGUUUGUACCAGAUCAAACUCAAGGCAAUACGAGCAAAAUUGUGGGGACCUUCGGAUACAUGCCUCCAGAAUAUGUAAUGCACGGACAAUUUUCAGUAAAAUCUGAUGUGUUUAGUUUUGGCGUGUUGGUUUUGGAGAUUGUGAGCGGUAAAAAAAAUAACUCCAGUUUUCAGGAAGAGAAUGAAGCUGGCAGCCUUCUAAGUUAUGCAUGGAAAAACUGGAGGGAGGGAACACCCUCAAAUCUUGUAGAUGCCACAUUAAAGGUCAGGUCAACAACUCAAAUAAUGAGAUGCAUCCACAUUGGAUUAUUAUGUGUUCAAGAAAAUGUGGCUGACAGACCAACCAUGGCUAAAGUCGUCCUCAUGUUUAAUAGCCACUCUGUUACUCUACCAGUACCAUCGAGACCUGCAUUUCUUAUGCACAGCACUAGAUCAGAUGUGUCAUCCCAAUUGGAGAACAGUGUUGGGGUAACAAGACCAGUUACUCGUCGAAGUAGAUCUAUCGAAGCCUCAAUAAACAAAGCUUCAAUAUCUGAGCUAGAUGGUCGCUAACUUUAAAUGGAAAGCCAGUGGGAAUGCAAUUCUACAGGUUCAAGAUUCCCAUCCCCCACCCCCUAUUUUUUAAUUUCUUAAUUAGCAACUUCUCUAUAAAUGAAGAUGGUGCAUUGGUGUGUACUUCGGCAGCAAAAAUAUAUAUGGUGUCAUUUUCUUCAUCCCAAAUGUUUAGACGUGAUUAAACUUUAAAUAAUUAAGCUUCCCUGCUGUAAA